CUUCGCUGUGGUGAGGGAGGCGCUGUCUGCAGCUGCCGGCGCUGGGAGCAGCUCCUGCCCGCAGGUUCCCGCCCCCCUGACGGUUCGCUCCGUAGACAGCUCUACCGAGCCGCUGUCUGGGCCCCCGAUCCCCCGUCCCAGCCCGGGGCCCCCGAUCCCCCGUCCCAGCCCGGGGCCCCGAUCCCCCGUCCCAGCCCGGGGCCCCCGAUCCCCCGUCCCAGCCCGGGGCCCCGAUCCCCCGUCCCAGCCCGGGGCCCCGAUUCCCCGUCCCAGCCCGGGGCCCCGAUCCCCUGACGCGGCCCACCGGCUGCCUCCCGCCGUCGCUUCCUUGAGGCGGGACCGUGCCCGCGCCCCUGCCGCGGGAUGAAGAGGUUUUUCGGGUUCGGGAAGAAGAAGAAGGGGCAGCCGGCAGCGUCCAGCAGCGCUGCCGAGCCCCUCCCCACCGGUGCCUACGAGCUUCGGCUGAAGGACCUGAGCAAGCUGCACCGUGCGGCCGCCAGUGGCGACCUGGGUCAGGUGCGGCAGGGACUGAAGAAAUACAGCAUCGACGAGCGGGACAAGGCGGAGCGGACGCCUCUGCAUCUCGCUUCUGCGAAUGGCCAUGUGAAUGUUGUUACAUAUCUAGUGGAAAACAAUUGUAAGUUAAAUCUUACUGACGGUGAUAACAGAUCACCACUGAUGAAGGCAGUACAGUGCCAUCAAGAAGAAUGUGUAGCUAUUCUGCUAGAGCACGGUGCCAACCCACAUCUGGCAGAUGCUGACGGCAACACUGCCCUUCACCUUGCUGUCCGGUGUCCGAACACAACUGUAGCGGGGCUCUUACUUGAGUAUAAUGCCAAUAUUGAUGCUCAGAAUAAGGAGGGAUACACUCCACUUAUUCUUGCUAUCUCUGAGCAUCAUGAAGAUAUAGCAGAGUUUCUUCUUCAGAAAGGAGCUGAUGUGCAUGCUCGAGAUCACUGUGAAAGAACCCCACUUAUGACUGCUGCUUCUGGUGGAGUGCUUAAUUUAAUAAAAGUUCUUCUUCGAUACGGUGCUGAUGUUUCCCAUAAAGACACUAACGGAUGGACAGCUGAGGAUUAUGCUGUUAUUCAUGGAUAUUCUAGUCUUAGUAAACAACUGGCGGAAUACGCGGACUGGGAAAAUAUAGGAGAAGGUGAUGCACAAGGCAUCCCAGGACUUAGAACUCCUCACCGAGCCAGAGCUGCUGGCUUUACAUUGGGUGCACCUGCUGUGGACAGAGGAGGAAUGCAACAAUCUCCUAACCAGACAUCAAGAACAGGAAAAACAAAGAAAGCAAUAGAUGACUUGUCGCAAGGAGACUCAAUCAGAAGCUCGGAGAAGGAGGGGAGUGAUGUCAGUUGGAAUACUUCUGAGGAAGAAGAACUCGGUUUUACUCCCAAGAAGCUGCAGAAGCCAAACUUGGCACUGUUAAUGAAUGCUUCCCAGCAGUUCAGGAAAAACAAUGAUGGUGAUGGUUCUAGAACUGAAAUCCCUAGGUCACCAAAGAAAAGCCUCAAACAAAGAACCUUGUCAGAUGCAAACCGGAACAAAGGAGAUUGUGGAGAACUGUUGAAUCAAGAUGUCUCAGAUGCAAGCAACCUGGAGGAAGAAGAAUUGGAGGAGGAGGAGGAGGAGGAUGAAAAUGACAAUGUAUAUGACAAUGAAGAUUAUGAGGAGGAAGAAGAAGAGGAGGAGGAAGAAAAUCUUACUCAAGAUGAAAAGGAGGAGGAAGAUCUGGAAGAUGAAGAAACUCAGUUUAAUGACAUACCGGAAGAGAAACAGAGGGAGAAGAGAGAACCUAAAGGGGAAGUUAAUCAGAAAUUGGACACUGGAGCUGGAGUUGUCUGUGAUGAUGGUGAAAUAAGUCAAGAACUUGAUGAAAACGUGGAGAAAUCUGUUGAUACUCCUGUGUCUUUUAUAGCUGGGUCUUAUGAAAGGUUGCAAGAAAAUGUAACUGCCGUGUCUCCAAAGAUAAUGAAUAAUGAAGUAUCUUGCAAGUCAGUACCAAAGCCAACUGUCUUUCAAAAUCUAAAUAAUUUGCAAGAUAAACAAGAAAGUUGGAACAAGAAAAGCAUAAUUCAGGAGAAGUUGAACAGAAAUGAUGACUCCCAUUUUGCAGGCUCUGAGAUGACAGACUGGAAAAAAGAGACACCUCAGCUUCUCUCAGAUAGCUGUGGUCUUAAGGAGAAAAAGUCAAGCUUCAGUAAUGGCUUCGAAAGUGAUAAUAGUUCUUGGUCAGCAAGAAAAAACCCAAGGCUUGAAAGUCAAAGACCAGACUCUGUUGUUCUUGAACAUGUGGAUGAUGAAGAUACAGAAGAAGAGCAAUAUGAAGUAGAUAAUAAAGUCUGUGAAGCACUGAAACAAGAAAGUGAAAACUUAGGCUUGAAUAGGCAUGAAGAAAAUUUAAGAGCAGCAUUUCACUCAAGCACCAAGGAAAAAUCACCUAAAUGGGAAGAAGAGGAGGAAGAGCAGGAAAAGGAAGACACUGGUAAAGAGCUACAAACUGCAGUUGUUGAGGGUGUGAAAAAUUCUGUUCGUAAUGAUAGCCGUCAAGUCCACAGUGCUUCAAAAGACAACACUGGUGCCCUGACAGCAGUUGGAGCAGAGGAAGAGGAAGAUGCUGAAUCUCCCUGGGAUUCUGAGACGGAUUCUGAAAGUCCAGAAAUAGUAUCACCUGGUGUGUUGCUUCCAGCUGCAGACAGACACGGAGCACGCUCACAGAUGGUUUCAGGGGACCACAAGACUGGCUUUUUGGAGACACCCAAUAAUUCCCAGCUGAAGACCUCUGAAUCUGUUUUGGAAAUGAAUGAAACCUCUCCUAAAAAAAAGCAGCAGAAGUCAGAUCUGUUGGAGGAAUUUGGUUUAGGAGAUGCAGAAGAUGUUGAAGGUGAGAACUCAGGAUCUAUCUUUCCUAUGUCAUCAUCAGCUGAAAAAGACAACAUGAAGGAUGCUAUUGAAAAUUACGGGCUGUGGGUUGAGAAGGAAAAAAGCAAACAAAGAAUUUCCAAAGUGCAGGCGGUGGCAAAACAGGAAUGUCUUGAUAAAUUAAAUAUACCAUCAGGCAACGUCACUGAUCGGCAAAUGAAACAAAAGAUUACUUUAAGGAAGAAUGACUAUUUGAAAAUGGAGAAUGAAAACACUAUAGAAGAAAAAGGCGAAAAGAAUUUUUCAUCUGAUGAGAGCUCAAAAUUGAUUAAAAUGCCAAUGAAAGAUGAAUUUGCCCUGAAUGCCAACGUUGCAAAGAAAAGUAAAAGACAGUCUUCAAAGCAGAAGGCUCACCAGCAGAUGAGCUCUUCCAGUGGGAAUCAUUGUCAAGUACUGGAUGAUAGCACUUCCAGUGAAACAUCUCGGGAUGAAGGAAGACCUGGAGCAACAACCGGGAGUGAAGAGAACAAGGUCGGCAGACAAAUGGAAGUAACUGAUGACCCUGAUUUAUCUCACUCAUCUGUCUCAACUUCAGAGGAUGUCAAAUUAGGAACUUCAACCUACAACGAGGCUAUGAUGCUGUUAGAACAGCUUAGUGUGGAUCAUACAGGUUCUACUAUUUUGUUGAAAAUGCAAAACAUACUUCUUGAAUAUGAACAGGUAAUAGAACAUGAAAAAAAUCGGUGUACAGCUCUCUCAAGAGAAGUAAGGAAAUUGGAAGGUGAAAAGGAGGAGUCACAGUUAAGAGCAGAGGAGACUCAAGAUUUGAAAUCCACAUUGGCUCACCAAGAAGCAGAAUGGAAAAGUGAUAUCCAAAACCUCAAAUGUUCUUUGAAACAAGAAGAAGAAAAGAGGCUCAGAGUAGAAGUACUGUAUGAGAAAAUGAGAGAAAACCUCCAAAAGCAAGAAGAUCAAUAUUGUAAAGAGAUGGAGGAGAAACAGAAACUUGAGUUACACUCAAGGAAUUUAGAAAUGGAGUUAAGAACACUGAGAAUGCUCUUGAAACAGGUUGAAGAGGAGCGUGAUGAAACACAGAGACAGCUCUCUCAGGAAAAAAGUGCCAGAGCCCUUCAAGAAGGAAUUUUGAACAACCACCUUUGGAGACAAAAGGAACUCGAAGAGACAAUAAGAACUAUAGGAAAAAAAUCAGAAGAAUCCAGCAGUGAGAGAGAGAAGGAUCUAUUGUACAAGAAUCAGUUACUACAAGACGAGAUUGCUGUGCUAAGGCUAGAACUCAAUCAAGUAAGACUUAGGCACCAGGAGGAAGAAGGAAAAUAUUUAGAGGAAAAUGAGACCUUGAAAGAAAAAAAUGAAGAUCUCAAAAAGGAACUUAAACUGAACGAGGAAGCAUUAACACAAACGGUUCUUCAGUACAAUGCAGAGCUGGACUUACUAAAGACAGAAUCUGCAGUGCUGACUUCCAAACUUGAGCAGACAAACGAAAGCAAAGGCAGAUUAGAGACAGAAAUUGAAUCAUUUCGUUCCCGCCUGAACACUGCUGUUCAAGAACUUGAACGUCAUCGGUCGUCAGAAAAGGAUGCUGAUCGAAGAUUUCACAGAGAACGUGAUGAAUGGCAUCGCUUGCAAGACAAGCUCCAUCAUGACCUCUCCGACAUGCAAGAAACCAACAAGAGCUUGUCUCAGCAGCUGUGUAAAGCUGAAAGCAAAGCUAAUAAGCUAGAAAAUGAGCUUCACCAGUUGAAGCAAGCCCUCAGAGAAAAAACUUUGCUUCUAGAAAUGACACAAAAAGAAUUAAGUCAAGCCCAGUGUCAGGCAAAGGAAUACGAUCAUGCUCGACAACUUGAGAAAGAUCAAGCAAGCAAACUUGUAAUAAAACAGGAGUCCUUGCAGGAGCGAUUGGCCCAGCUCCAGAGUGAAAACCUUUUACUGCGUCAGCAACUGGAGGAUAUGCAGAACAAGAGGAUCAUGAAAGCAGAAGUAGUGAAUGAUGUGCAGGACCGGUUUAAUAAUAUUCUCAACAAACUCAGAGCUGAUACGGAAAAGCAAGUUUAUCUAAUAGAAGAGCGAAACAAGGAUUUAAAUGCAAAGUGUUCUGAUUUAAGGGAACAAGUCUUCAAAUACGAGACUGACAAAGUAGAAAGAGAGGGCAUGGUCAGACAACUGCAGCAGGAGCUUGCUGAUGCACUUAAAAAGCAAUCUAUGUCAGAAGCUUCACUUGAAGUUACUACACGCUACCGCAGUGACCUGGAGGAAGACAAGCUCCGCUUGCAAAAGGAGUUGGAAAAGGUUAAAACUGAGUUGCGGGAGUUGGAAGAACAGCAUCUUCAGUCUGAGCAUUGUGUUCAUGACUUGAAAGCUGCCUUGGAUAAUAAGGAAAGAGAAGUAACAGCUUCUUCCCAGAAACUGCAGGAGCUCCUGAAGGCAUCUUCUGGGACUAACACUACUAUAAAACAACUGCAAGAAGACGUGCAACGCCUUGAAAUUGAAAAUGCCAGAUUGGAAGCCACAGUCCAGCAACAGAGCGAUAGGAUUGAAGCACUUCAGAGAGAUCUGCAAGCUUUUGCCUCGGUCCAUAACCACCUGGAAGACUUGAUAACUAGCUUACGGACAACGCAGGCAGCUGCAGAGGGCCACCACCAUCAAGAGACACAGAAGCAGAACAUGCUGGCUCUGACGUCGAAGGACUUGCACAGCAUGUGGGAGGAGCACUUGAAGUCAAGAUUCCACCUUGAAGAGCGCGUUGCUCAGCUUGACAAGGAAAAGGCUGAACUGUUGGGACAGUGUGAGAGUGAAAGAAAGAAAGUGAAGAAGCUGGUAGAGUUGAAACGCCCAGUUGAACUACGUCUGAACGAAGAAAUGAAAAGAAACCUCGAUCUGCAGAAAGACUGUAAGAGGUUGAAGAGGCUGUUGAGCAAAGCUACAAAGAAACUAAGGGUCUAUGAGGAGAGAGGGGGACUGUCCCAGCUUAAUUUGCAGGGAGAGAUGAAGAACACGUCUUCUGAAAUGGUCAAUGAAGUUGGCAGAUUAAGAACAAAGGUUGAUGAACUUUCCCAGCAGCUGGAGAUAGAGUCUAAAAAAUGCAUGCAGCUAGAAGCACAAAAUCACGAUUUGCAAGAGGAGCUGUCCACCAUGCGUGGGAACCAUGAAAAACUGGAAAAGAGCAAAAGCCAGCUGAAAGAAGAGGUGGCUAAUCUCAAACACCAUGUGGAUACUAACAUGGUGGAUCGCAGCUAUUUAGAACAAUACAAAAAAGAGGUGGAAGAACGAGCUGAACAAGAAAUAAGACAAAAACUGCAAGAAGUCAAUCUGUUUUUGCAGACGCAGGCAGCUUCCCAGGACAGAUUAGAACAAAUCAGAGCCAGUCAUCAUGCUUCACUGAGAAACCAGCUAAAACACAGAAUUCGAGACCUCGAACGUGAACUGGACAGGAUAAAAAAUACCCAACAAGACAGUAUUUUUCAAAAAGAAUCCACACAGGCAGAAGUGGAAAAGUACAAAGACCUGUAUCUGGAGGAAGUAAAAAACAGAAGAUGCCUAGCAAAUAAACUGGAAAGAGCUAAUGAGAGACUAGCAGAAGCCAACGCUAAGCUCCUUCAGGCGCGCCAUAGAAGCAAACCUUUAAUUGCAAGUAGCGUUGUCACUGGAGGUCUGGCUGCAAGUCCAGUUCUGUAUUCAACUGAACUGGGACAUAUUGGCAACAAUCUGGCACUGAACAGAAGUCUAAGUCUAGGAGGAAGCUUCCUAAGCCCAGCCGUGAAUACGUUAGCAUCAAGAAACAGAGUUGAAGCCUACGUGGCUAAGCUCCUUAAUCAAAAAUCUGUCCGUCUCUCUCUUCUCUGCAGCCAGAUACAUGGCAAGGUACGGCAGGAACUAGAUGAAAAAAUCACUAAAGAACUUGAACAAGCCACUGCUGAACUUGAAACUGGAUCUGCCGGAGCUUCUCCCAUGGUAUCUACUGAUGGAUCUUCAAGAAAUAUCCAUGUUGACCAGGAUCCCCUUUGCAGGGCGAUACAGGAGUACCGUGAUGUUUUAACCAAAAAUUACCUGAUUUGAACAGAAUGCUGGGAAAAAGUUCUGGAAAUCAUUUUGUUUACAUAGUGCAUCUAUAGUUUCUCAUCCCACAGUUCAGAUGUGAAAAUGCGUUUAGUGCAAUCUGAAUAUAAACUCUAAGUCUAUUAAAUGGAUGUCAAGCACAUUGCACUUGCCUGUUGGUUUAUUGAUGCAUAGUUGUUUUAUUUUGCACUCACCAUAAGAAGCCUACGUAUUUUUUUCUGACUAGCAGAAUGACUCAUCUUGAUUCCUGAGCUUGACAGAAUUGUCAAAAUGUUUCGUAUUAAGGUAGAUGCAUUACUUUUCUCCGCUGAUGUCCUGUGUUUUAACAAAAACGUUCCCUUUGUUCUGCUUGAUCCUUUCACCCUAUGUGUUUUUUAAUGUUUCAAGUGUUAUUUUAAUGCUUAGGAUGUCAUUUGAUGUGAUUUGAGCCUGCUGCUUCAGUCCAGAUGCUGUAAAUAUUUCUGUGGAUAAAGUGAAGUCUUUACGUUUCAUGCUGGAGAACAGAGCACUUUACAUUGCUGUCACUUUAUGCGCCUUAGGUUUAAAAUUACUGUGAGUGUAUAGUAGUGCCAAGAAUGUUAUGUGGCGGUUUUGGUAUGUUUGUUUUGUAUCACAGAGCGGGUGAGGUUGGAAAGGACCUCUGGAGGUCACCUGUUCUAGCUCCCCUGCUCAAGGAAGACCACCUAGAGCUGGUUGCCCAAGAUCGUGCUGGCUUUUAUCUCCCAGGAUGGAGCCUCCACGGCCUCGUGGGCAGCCUGUGCUAGUGCUCCGUCACCCUAAUAGUAAAGAAACAUUUCCUGAUGUUCAGCCUCAACCCUCCGUGUUUUGGUUUGCGCCCAUUGCCUCUCACAGUAUUCGUGUUGAGGUUUGUAUCAAAAAUCGCUGCAGCUGUAGACAUUCACAGUUACUACAUCAGCAGCUGUGGGGCACCUGAAACACUUCAUGCGCGGGAAAAAUGAAUGUUAAUAUAUUAAUUUGCAGUCUCCUCAGUACUUUCCAAAACUUGUAUGAUAGGAUAGCCAAUCUUUUUGUUGCAGCUAGCAGCUGAUGGUAUGGUGGCUGUAGCCCAGAUGUUAGCCAGUGUUCUGGGACAUUUGUGUCAAUAAAAGCAGCAGUUUUACUUAUUUCAGGGAGUUAGCUGUUGUUACUGAAGAUCUGCGUUGUCGUUUCCUGUCCACAGAACUCAGUAGUGAUCAGAAGAUGAUAGAGCAAAGUCCCAGUUCUGGAAAAGGAAGAAUGGUUGUCGCCAGAUGAAUUAAGACUGGAAAAAUUUGGGGGUUUUACUCACUAAUUCAAGGACUUGAGUUAACAGGCAGUGAGGAAAGCGAUGAAUGUUGCUGUGACACUGUUCCUUUUUAUAUGAAUACAUAUUUGUGAAGUUAAUAUACUGUAUUUAAUUCCAGAUAUUGUUUCAACUUGAAAUUUAAUAAACUCUGUCAUCUAGUAUA